UUUUUCCGAUCAGACAACGACGCAUUUGGCUUUUUUUGGAAGAGAACUGGAGCAUUUCUCUUAUAUUUUACUACCGAAGUACUAGCUUGUUAUGAAUCAUUUAUUAUUGGAUACAACGAUAAUUUCCGUAGUUUGAAUAAUCAGAAAUGAGUUCACCCUCUCCAAGCCAACCUGCGUUUGGCUCUUCGCUGUAUGGUCAGCAAACCUCAGGCAUAGGAAUGAGUCAUUUAUCAAUACAGCAACCUCCUAGAAACCUACCAGUUACAGGCCCAACUGCUGGUGGACAGCUAACUUCCCCCAAUCGAAGUGGUGGAAAUAUUUUACCCCAAAUGGGUAAUAACCAGAGGAUAGGAGUGCUUGGCCAAAGGGCUGUCGGAGACAAGAGGCCUUCCAUAGGUGGAUAUGGACAAUCCAUGAUUAGCGGUUCUUACUUCAACCUACCUGCAUCAGCACCUUCAGGACUAGGGCCUGCUGGGCUUGCUGGAGUGAGAGGAGCAUUUCAAGGAUUGGCACAUGGGCAAGGAGCACAGUCACAGGGAGUACAAGGAUUGCAAAUGCCUUUUGGCAUGCCACUAGGAAUGGAUGGCAGUUUAGCUCCACCGUCUUUGGACUUGUCUGAAUUUCCAAGUCUGACGAAUAGGUCUAUGGGUCCAAACGAAAACGGUGGUAGUUCAUCCCUUACAGGAAGAUCCAACUAUGUGGGGAUCAUUAAAACGCCUGCUUCAGAAACCACGGAAUUCACGAUGAGUAAUGAAGACUUUCCCGCUCUCCCCGGCACGCAGAAUAAUGACAACAAUACUUCAACCGGUAGUGGAGCUGAGACAAGCAAAGUCUCUAACACAUCCACUUCGUCUUCAUCUGUCAGCAACACCAACUUGAACCACAGUAAACGUGGGCUUCAAAUCAGUGCUGAUGGAAAGGUGACGAAUAUACCUAACAACAUGGUAGCGGAUCAGUUUGGAAUGGCGGGUCUCCUGACAUUCAUUCGAGUGGCAGAAUCCGAUUCUAAUCUGGUCUCUUUAGCCCUUGGUUCCGACUUGACGACAUUAGGUCUCAAUCUUAACUCACCCGAACCCCUAUACAACAACUUCGGGGGUCCGUGGGCGGAGAAUCCCUGCCGACCACAGGAUAUAGACUUCCACGUCCCACCCGAGUACCUGACCAACGCCGUCAUACGCGACAAACUUGCCCCAGUGAAACUUAACCGAUAUCAAGAGGAUCUGCUCUUUUAUCUCUUUUAUACCAACGUUGGAGACACGAUGCAACUAGCCGCUUCCCUUGAACUCUAUAAUAGAGAUUGGCGCUAUCAUAAAGAGGAGAGAUUGUGGAUCACUCGGGUACCAGGUAUGCCCCUCAUGGAGAAAACUGGAACAUAUGAAAGAGGCACCUAUUACUGCUUUGACCCUAACAACUGGCGUAAGGUCGCAAAAGAAAUGUUUGUCGAGUAUGAACGAUUGGAGGAUCGGCCGAGAGAUUUGCAAAUGCCGGCCAUGGAACAGAAUUACAGGAAAGGGGAUGGAAGGAAAGUGUCUGGAAAUGGAGAAAUCGGAUUACCAUCUAUUCCAAGGAAUGAUAUUCAAUUUUCUGGUGGUGCGUCUUCUAGACUUCCUAGUCAAGACAUUAUUCGUCAUCCUUCCCAAACUCCAAUGAGACCAACCAAUUCAGCCAGAUUAGAGAGUCCGAAUGGAUUAUCCAGUGGACCUAGAAUGUUGAUUGCUCUUUAUGAUUACAAUGCUAGAGAAAUAUCUGAUAUGAGCUUCAGGAAAGGGGACAGAAUGGAAUUAUUGGAUGAUAGCGAUUCUGAUUGGUGGAAAGCUGAGCACACUGCCACUAGCAAAGUUGGAUACAUUCCACGAAACUUUGUUGCAAUGGAACAAUCAGUGGAAAGCUUUGACUGGUUCUUUGGUCAUAUCAGCCGGAAAGAAGCCGAGAAACUUCUACUGAGCCAAGAUCUACCGAGAGGAGCUUUCUUGAUCCGCUUUGCCGAGCACAUUCCCGGUGGCUUUUCAUUAACAAUGCGUGAUUAUGAAGUAGAAAGAGGCCCACAUAUAAAACACUACAAAAUUAAAUGCCUCGAUCAGGGAGGAUAUUAUGUUACAACUCGACAAACAUUCACCACGCUUCCGGAAUUAGUUGCUGCCUACAUGCGUGAAGCAAAUGGUCUGUGUCAUACCCUGACAGUCGCAUGCCCGAAACUUCGCCCUACUAUAUGGGAUUUGUCACCUCAAACCCGAGAUAAAUGGGAGAUAGAUCGUUCAGAACUGGAAUUUAUUCGUAAACUUGGAAGUGGUAAUUUUGGAGAGGUGUGGUAUGGAAAAUGGCGCCAUGCUUACGAUGUUGCAAUCAAGACGGUUAAGGCCGGUAACAUGUCAUCAUCAGACUUUCUGCAAGAAGCUUCUAUUAUGAAAAAGUUUCGCCACCCUAAUUUGGUUGCUCUAUACGCUGUCUGUUCGAAAGAAGAACCCAUUUUCAUCGUGACAGAGUACAUGAACAAGGGCUCCCUGCUCGACUUACUACGACGAGAUGAAGGAAAGGCGAUGAGUUUCAUGGAACUUGUGUAUAUCGCGGCACAGGUUGCGAGUGGAAUGUCCUACCUGGAGUCAAGGCAAUUGAUUCACAGGGAUUUGGCGGCACGUAAUGUUUUAGUGAGUGAUGGUUGCGUUGCCAAAAUCUGUGAUUUUGGCUUGGCGCGCCUCAUUAAGGACAACGAAUAUUGUCCCACAGCUGGAACUCGAUUCCCUGUUAAGUGGACCGCUCCAGAAGCAGCUUUAUGUGGCAGAUUCUCCAUUAAAUCUGAUGUGUGGUCUUUUGGCGUGCUACUCAUGGAACUUUUUACUUACGGACAGGUUCCGUAUCCUGGGAUGCACAAUCGUGAAGUUAUUGAAAACGUUGAAAAAGGCUACCGAAUGCCAAAGCCGGUCAACAACGCUCUACCAGAUGCUCUCUACAGACUGAUACUCUCGUGCUGGGAAGCUGAACCCGAUAAGCGGCCAACUUUUGAAUUUCUGCAUCAUUUCUUAGAAGAUUUUAAUAUCACAUCUGAAGUGCCGUACAGAGAGGUUCAAGAUUGAUCCAUCGACGGAUCUGAAGGUGAUAUUGUAACAUCUAAGAUAUGAAUCACUGAGAUUAUAAAAUUUGUGGAGUACUAUUUAAGAAAGCGACCAGGGAGGCUCAUUUUUUGUCGAGUGACUGUAAUGCAUUUUAUCUGUAAGAAGUGCUUUCUUUUUUAACCAGUAUCUCUUCUUGCAGCAAGACAAGCUGCAUUUCUAUCUUUCCUGGACCCUAUCUAUCAGCGCCCCCUUUCCUAGUCAUAUUCUUUGGCAUGAACUUCUGAGCGAUCAACUCGAUUUGUAUGACUUUAAAUUGUCGAAAUUACAGGAGUAUUAUGUA